AUGCGAAAGAAAUUUCGAUUUACUGUAGAAUCGCUGUGUUUGAUUUACGUUUUACUGCUACUGAAUCAAAUCAGCACCUAUGGGGCCUACCAUAGUAAAGAGAAAAGAUCAACGUUAUGGAAUCCAGCGUCCGCCAAAAUAUAUAACUUUUCAGCAAUUCCUUUAGCGUCCAUUAAAUGUAAUUUACAAAAUGACUUAUGCGGAUGGAAAGAAGUAACUGGAAUAAGUAACUUUGGUUGGAAAAGACAGAAUGGAUUAGAAGCAGAUGCAUCAGGCCAUGGCCUCAGUAAUGAUUUCACUUACGGCAAUAAAUCUGGUUAUUACUUAAUAGCUAAUUUUCGAAAUUUCUUAAAGCCUAAUUAUUUCGCUGAUUUAAUCAGUCCACCAAUGCUUCUUCCAAAGCAGCUACAACAUGUUAAAGUAAAGUUUGCCUAUAACACUGACAUCAGUACUCUGCAAAUUUAUGCUAUCUAUCCAAGAUAUAAUCUUACUCAGCAUCGUUUACGUGAAAGCAUAUUUAAAAAUCAUAGCCAUCAAUGGUAUCAGGAAGAUUUCACCUUUCUUCCCUUAUAUCCGUACUACCAAAUAAUCAUUCGAAGCAUCACCAACGCUAAGAACAUUCUUAUAGCAUUAGAUGAUCUCGAAAUAUAUCCAAUCGACACUAUACCCAUAAAAUUAGUUGGUGAAUCUAGUACCUCUGGUCGUGUUGUUGUUUAUCAUGAAGGCGAAUGGGGUACAGUUUGCAAUGAUUUAAUGAAUGAUAGAGUAGCAACAGUAAUCUGUCGCCAAUUAGGUUUACCUCAACCCGGAAAGAUGUUAUCAACAAUAAAUGAAGGUACUGGAACGAUAUGGAUUCGCCUUCUUAUUUGUAUUGGUAAUGAGAAACGCUUGGAAAAUUGUCUUAUAUCAUCAUGGAAUAGCACUUUUUGUAAUCAUUCUGAAGAUGCUGUGAUAUCCUGUUCAGGAAAGACAUUAACAACUACCUCUGCAGUGGGAUACACAGCGACAGUUGCUACCACCAAACCAUCAGAAUCGAGAACGGCGGUUCCCUUCGUUUUGAUUAGUGCUAGUUUCUUUGUAUUAGUGAUUUUAACCUUAAUCUAUAUUCGUAAUGCGAGGAGAUCAAUUAGUAGACGGAAUCAAUCAACUAGGCAGUCAGCAACACAGCGGCCUCGUAUGGUAGCCCCUCCUUCGUAUAAUACUGCUCUCAAUGAAAUAACUCGUGAUCCAAAUGCCCUAAAGGAACUUCAUCACAGUCCUACCGGAGCCUUGUUGCAAACCGAGGGUUGCAACAAGAAGCGACAGAAAAAUAGCCCACCUCACCUAGGGGAUAAAAAAUACUUUAUUUCGCUACCAACUCACUUUAACGAGACAUAA